AUGGGGUUCCAGGCGGGUGGUCUCAGCCCGAAGAAGGCGGAGGCGGGGACGAGGCCGGAGCUGGGGUGCGAAAGCGGAGGCGGGGACGAGGCCGGCGCGCUUAUCCUCGACCAACGUGGAGUCCCAGGUACGCGAUCUCGGCCCGAAGAAGGUGAAGGUGGGGACGAGGGCGGAGCACUUAUCCUCAACCGAUAUGUGCUCCUAGGUGCGUGCCCUACCGCAGCGUGCAUCAGUGCCAGGUGCUUGAAGCCAGAAGAAGGCGAGCUUCAAGAGGAGGCGACAACAAGCUCGAAGGACUUACUCUCAGAAUACGUUCUCGGCGCGUGGUCUCAACCUGAAGAAGACAGAGGCGGCGACAAGGCCGGAUCGCCUAUCCUCAACUGUCAUGGGUUCCCAGGUUCGUGGUCUGGAGAGAACAGAAGCCGAGACCAGGCCGGAGUGCCUAUCCUCAAUCAAUAUGGGGUCCCAGGUGCGCGGUCUCAACUUGAAGAGGAUGGAGGCGGGAACCAGGCCGGAGCACUUCUCCUCAACCAAUAUCGGGUCCGAGGUGCGUGGUCUCAACUCGAACAG